AUGGAUCAACCGUUAUUGAGUAUCUUCACCUCUCUUUCUGCUGUAGAUCCCCCAUCGGCUUUCCCCUACAACAAGGGAGGACAUACCGAUACCAUGGACGGAGAUGGAGAUAUGUCUGUCCUCGACUCUCCAGCGGUGGAACUGGAUCCCACGGCACCAGAGCAGUCCGAGAUGGACAAACAAAAGAUAAUCCUCCAGAGUUAUGUCGACUCCCUUCCCUACGAGUGCGAACCCAUCGAGGAGAUGCACGCAAAGCUCGAGGAGAUCGUGAGCAAGAUAGUGAUCUGUGCCAAAUCCCGGAACUGGCUUGUGCUCACUACUUGGGAUGGCAUGCUUCAAUGCUGGCUCCUCAUGCGUUAUCCAAUCCCCAAGACAACGCGUGCCAAGAUGGUGCGGCUGUACUACGAGCUGUGUCUCUUACCGGGCAUAGAACCUCGUGCCAUCCGCAGCUGGGCAGACAUGUUCUCUCGUUUGUUGUCGAGCAACAAGGAUUCAUCAAAGCGCAAGCUCGAUCCUGCAGACCUAGAGCUUCCUUGGCGACCACUGUGGGAUGCCAUGCAGAAGGAAAUCUGGCCGAAGCGCAAGAUGCAGGAUUCAACCCGCAAUGUCGUGAACAUACUUCUAUAUGUCGCGGAGCACAGCAGGAGAUACUAUCCCGCAAGCGAAAUUCCCGCGAUGCUGGACACGUUCCUUCCUCUCCUCACCCAGGACACUGUGCUUACCAUCGUUCCAGUGAUCACCUCCUUCCUUCCACCCACCCACACCUCGACAUACCUUCCUGUUCUAUUCAGGCUGUGGGAAGCUUUCAAUUCGUCUGUCAUCGAUGAACGUAUGCUUGAGCUCGUCGGCGAUCUCUCUGAGGAGCACGUUGCGGGUGUCACGACAGCCUCUGGUGGAACUCGUGAAGGCGGUGCUGAGUGGAAAGAUGUUGGAAUCUGGAGCGAGACGGAUUGGACCAUGUUGGUUGGCAAGAGCCUCGGUAGCAUGAACGUGCCCGUCGGCGCUACACGCGGCGCCAGUACCACCGCUGGUCAUGCAGAUUCCAUGGGUGAUCGUCAAUCUCUCAGGAUCAAGAAGGCGAUCAAUAGAUACCAUGCGCUGGCCAAGCUUUUUGUGUAUUCUAUGGCUGUCGACGGUCCUAUUCGUGAUGCCCCGGGCACGCCGGGGCCUGGACAAUUCAAUGCCAGUUCUCAAUCAGGCUAUCUUGCCGGAUCCAAAGCUCUCGACUCCCUCGACCGACUCAUUACGAGCACGGAAAGCUUCUUCCACCCGAGCAACUCGGGUCCAUGGACACUGGCUCUGACGACCUUCAUCCAACGUUUGACAUCGGAGUUCAGUAAGCGCUGGCACGAAGAAGCACAGGCGAGCUGUGAGACGCCCAUCACCCACCGUCUCACGUUAAGCAUCCGGCGCGCCUUCGUCAAGAUCUUGCGCACACCGGCGUUGUUGGCCAUGUUCUCGAAGGAUCCGAUUUCCAUGUCGUACGCCCAAGGAGCUCUGAAGUACAUGGCCGUACUUGAACCCAGCUUGGUUAUGCCUGAGCUGCUCGAACGUGCUUAUGGUGGCUUGGAGGUGGUCAACGAGACCCACCGUACCACUGCUGUUCUCAGCAUGCUCAGCGGAGUUGCGCUCCCUCUCGUUAAUGAACACGUCUGGCUGGGUGGGCAGAAACACAUAGUGCCUUUGUUGGAACUCUGCAUCCCUGGUAUAGAUCUUAAUGACCCGAUCAAAACCGUCUGCACGACCAUGUUCAUCGUAUCCGCAGUUCAACAUAUCAAGAUUGGCGACCUCUCGAUCCAGCAGUCUGGGCUCGCUCUAUCGAGCGAUGCUCCAGCAGAGGACAUGAUGGACGUUGAUUCCACCGAGAAGCUGCCAGAAGCGAGUGAGAAUACCGCCGUAUUCAGCAGAGCUGAGGAACGUGCCCUCGUCCGGGAUUCUACCGCAGCAUUUGCCGAUUGGGUGACGAUGCUUUUCCGCCGCGUCUUCGCGCUAUACGAGAAUCUGCCUGAAGAAGGUGGGCGACGCAACACCACCGGCGGAAAGCAGGAAGAGAGCGUGCUGAAGGCAAUCAAAUCGACACUGGACGUUGUGUGCUUGCAUUUAUCCGAUCAAAUGUUCGACUUGGUGCUCAAGGUGGUGUACGAUUACGCCACGAACAACGCCAAAGCGAACUCGGUGCGAGCUUUUGGGCAGCUCGUGGCUUGCCUGUCGCGCGUGCACCCGACGAAGACCAUCGACAAGUUCCUGCCAUAUUGUGUGGCGCAAAUCAAGGAUGAAUUGAAGCACGGCGCCAGUAGCGUAAGGACCACAAGUACGAACGUUGCGUUGCCUAGCGACACGACACUACAUUGGAAUCUAUCCCUACUUAGAGGUUGUCUUGGCUACGGAGGUGUCUCGUUGCUUAAACAUAAGGCUGCUAUCCUCGAGGUGAUGCGUUUGUUGGUAGAGAAAACGAAGAACGAACGUGGAUACUCAAGCACCGGUCGCUUGAUUACCAGAGUAUUGCAUACUCUAGCCGGUGUCUACCCGCUCAACAGCCGUUUCGUCAACACCGAUGAAUGGGAUGAUCCGGUCUUCAAUAAGGACCACAAUACCCAAUGGGGGAAAUUAUACACGCCACAAGACGUCAAGAUCGAGUGGCAUGUUCCACAAACCGAAGAAAUCGAGUUCAUCUUAGAAAUUCUGGACAAUAUCGCCGCGCCCGCAUUGGAUAAUGUGGUGGCUCUGCUUGGCACGGCAACCUGGGAUAGCGACGCUCGCAACGAGUUUUGUCGCUACCUACAAGCAUGCAAGGCGAUAUGGGGUGGACUACCGACUCUUUGCAAGGACCUUCCGAAAACCGUUGUCAACCCGUGUAUCAACGAGGACACGGAGCUUGAUGAAUUACUGGUCUCAUUCCUUGACGUCAAGGCCGGAUUCACACUCACCGACCCUUCCGACCCACGGUACCAGAAGGCGGCUGGUCAUCGUAGGCGCUUCGGAGAGAUUGUUCACAAAGCAGCAAUAUUCCUACAGCAAAAACACGAAGGGGAGGACCAUAUCGAUGCUGUCAUCGCGGUAGCCAAGGCAAUAGAUGUAUAUUUGUUGGAGUACGGCAUGACUCGAGGCACCUAUGAUUCCCUCCAGAAGAACUAUGGUCAAGCGAGAGAUCUGAACAGGGCGUGGCCUAGGCAGAAGGAGAACUCGCGUCUCGUGUUCAUCAAGCGCGCGCAGGUUUAUCACAGCGGACGUGUCUACAUGCAUGCGCUCUAUCGCCGGCGGUCCGAGCUCGAUGAUCAUCUCCUUCUUGAUCUUACAGAGCUCUCUCUGUCACCCUAUACUCGGGUGAGACGUCAAGCGCAGGCUAUCUGGCACAAUGUUUGCGGGUACUUUGUGCGAUCCACUCGAUUCGCGCUCCCUGCCCUGCUUGACGCACUGGCCAAAGGGACGGACCCGGAUCGCAUGAAAGGGGCGCUUUACGUGUUGUGGAACAAGGGAACCGCCACAUAUACGCUGGCGGACGAGAAUUUCCGAGGACAAUAUUUGAAGGCAAUUCUAGAGAGUCAACACCAGGAGAAACCGUCAAUUCAAAAACUCAUCAGCAGCAUUGCAUCGGACGUUACUCCCUACCUUUCGGAGGAAGCUGUCCACACCGAUGCCUUCAUGGAAGAUAUUUCCGCGGUCGAGGCAGCAAUUGAAUCAUUGCGAAGCGAGUUCAGCCCAGCACUGAUUAAUCAAGGUCUUCUCGAGGAGGCGUUGGCUAAGGCUCCUGUGCGCAGCCAAAGACGGAUUCGCAACUACGAUGAAGUCUUGUUUGCAGUCUUGGACAUCGCCUCUAGGCCAACGACACAUUGGAGAUAUGUUCAAAUGGCUACGAGAAUUCUCAUAUACAUCAUCCGAAGGGACGCCGUGCCUGCUGCGCAAUUGGCUGCAUUCUUUGCUUCCAACUCAAUUAGUCCCCACCCCACUAUUCGAUCCUAUGCGCAACGUGGCCUCACCAAACUCGCCUGGUUCAUCAAGAUUCGGUCGUACGCCAAAUCCACAAAAGAGUUGUGGCUCGACACAUGGAGAAAUCCACUAUCUGUGCGGCUUCCAGUUCCGCCAGGCUUGAAUUUGCUCCAGGAGCUGGAAAAGCCGAUAUAUCUAGAUGGGCGAGAAGAAUUCUAUGUCGAUAAAUUGCCAACUGGGUUCCUAACAUGGACCACUGAUGUCAAGGCCUACAAGACGGUGACCGGAAGCGGAUCCGCGAUUACCUGGGAAUCCCUAUCGCAGCCUGCCCUACAGCGUAUCAGGGAGCAGGUUCUAUCACCAGGAUACUGGGCAAAACUGGCAGAGCUAUGGUCACAGGAAUCAAACCGCACGGGUACCAUCGAACUCCGUUCCGAUCACGUUACAUUUGUGAAAUCCCUCGCAAAAAUGGUCGAAGAUGAACUGCUUCAAGCCGCAUUGCCUGUGAUAGAACCAUUGUUGACUGAUAGUGAUCGCUUCAAACAGCGUGCCGGCGCUGAAGUGCUGACUGGCCUCAUUCGUGGCUCGAAACAUUGGACAAAAAGUCGUCGCGAACGCCUUUGGGGAUGGACCUCGUCUCGCCUGGGUGGCAUUUUCAGCCAAAUUAAGCCUGAUACGCUGAGCUGCUGGGAAGGCGUCUUCAGCUUCAUACUGGAAGAUCGGGAUCCACGGCGGAAUAAGCCGCUACUUGAGUGGUUGUUGUCCUUGUCCCUAGACUUCCAAGGCGAUUCGGCCUUUCAGAUGAGCAAGACACUCUCCCUCUUCGGCAUUCUGGUCGAUUGCCUCGGCAUACGCUUUUUACCUAUGGCCGGAAAGUAUGUUGAUAUCCUGUUCGCGAAUACGGACACCGGGUAUGCAGAAAUGCGGGCGCAUAUUUCCCAGAAUCUGUACAUAAUUGGCACCUAUCUGUGGCGACCAUCCUACCCAUCGACGCGAGCUCUUCUCGAUGCCUGCAGCGCAACACCCGACCCGCUGAAGUUCAGGGAAGCCAAAUUCAUGCCGCACUUAAGUCAUAUUAUGCAGCAAUUGCCGAAAUGGCGAGAGGAGCGCUUGCCACCUCCGCGGGUGAACCAAUCUCAGUACGACAAAGUUGGUCUAACAUUAUUGCAAUGGCUAUGGGUGUCCUCCCAUGGGCCUCAGGCACCACUCGUGUUCCCUUACUCUAUCGCUCUACUCCCCGAGAUUUUGCGAAUGUCGGAACUCAACGACAGCUCGGAGUUACAACUGUACAGUGCCGCGGUCCUAUACGUUCUUUCCGCGGUCACUCCGCCUCCAGAAUACACCGGCAUCAUCAUGGAGCACUUUGUGAAUGCGAUCAAAUCGUCGGAGGCAUGGCGGAUACGCCUGAAUGCUUUGCCGACCCUGGUGGUGUUCCUGUUUCGCAACUUGCUCGGCAUUCCUGAUGACCAAUUGACGAGCGUAACGGACGCUCUGUUGGACUGCCUUGCGGACGAGAACGUCGAAGUUCGAGAGAUGGCGUCGAAAGCCGUAUCCGGCGUUGUUCGAUGUUCUCAGAGGCACCGGAUUGUACCCCUCAAAAAUCGCUUCGUUUUGCUCGCGCAGAGUGCUCGCUUGCCACGGAGGCAGGAUCCUACAUAUGCCGGGAAACUACGGUCCCUACACUCGGCAAUCUUAGGGCUCUGCGCUCUAAUCGAGAGUUUCCCAUAUUCUGUGGAGCCAUGGAUGCCUCCGCUCACUGAUGUGCUUGCUGCUCAUGCUACGGACCCACCUCCGAUAUCCACCACAAUCCGCAAAUGCGCAUCGGAAUUCAAGAAGACGCAUCAGGAUACUUGGCACAAAGAUCAGCAAGCCUUCAACGAAGAGCAAUUACAGAACCUAUCCACAAUGCUGGUCGGGACGUCGUACUAUGCAUAACACGACUUAUCCCCGUCUCUUAUCGUGUAUAUACAUGCUGUCACAAUACGGACAAUCAUUAUCAUUCCC